AUGGAGGAGGAGGAUGCAGGAAUUGGGGAUGAUAUAGAUGAUAAUGAUGGAUUCGUUGACGAGGUUGAGCUGUUGGACAAUCAAGAACAAACAGUACUACAAAAAGAUAUUCGACCGGUCAAAUUGGCGCUUGCCAAAUUGCGCAAGCUGGCAUAUAAAAUCAUCCACUCAACUACCAUUAUUCUUCCUGCAUGGCACAGCAUCCUCCAGGACUUGGCGCAGCCGCAAAUGCUCAUGCCACGCAAUGUGGCAACUCGAUGGAAUUCAACCUUUGACAUGUUGAACUAUGCCCUCAAGCAUCGAGGAGCCGUGGAUGCUGUUACCCAACAGCGGGACUUGGGUUUGCGGAAGUUUGAGUUGGAGGAUCAUGAGUGGGUUAUAUUAGAACAGCUGUGA